AGGAGCCAAUGAGAAUGAAAGUUACAUUCCUCUCAGUGGCUUUAAGAGCCACUGACUUGGAGCCGGGUAGGCAGUUCUCCCCCUUCUCCUCCUCUUCCCGGCUCGGGCUCCCGCUGCAGGGUCUCCUCGGGCUUUGGGCUCACCCAGUCAGCGCAGGAGAUGACUUCUACUCAGGAUGGCAGUGUUGUGAUUUUUGGCAGUGGGCUCAUUGGCCGAAGCUGGGCUAUGUUAUUUGCCAGUGGAGGUUUCAAGGUAAAACUUUAUGAUAUAGAGCAGCAGCAGAUAACCAAUGCACUGGAAAACAUCAGAAAAGAGAUGAAGACUCUGGAGCAGAAUGGUAUCCUAAAAGGAUCUUUAAGUGCUGAUCAGCAGCUGGCUCUCAUCAGUGGUUGCACCGACAUCAAAGUGGCAGUAGAGGGAGCCAUUUACAUUCAGGAAUGCACUCCCGAAAAUCUUGAUUUGAAAAAGAAGGUUUUUUCUCAAUUAGACCUUAUUGUUGAUGAUAAAGUCAUCUUGAGCAGCUCCAGUUCCUGCCUUUUGCCUUCAAAGAUGUUUGUGGGUUUGAAGCAUGUAAAACAAUGCAUUGUGGCUCAUCCUGUAAAUCCACCAUAUUAUGUCCCUUUGGUUGAAUUGGUCCCACAUCCAGAGACAGAUCCUUCAACAAUGGAGAGAACCUAUGCUAUUAUGAAGAAAAUUGGGCAGUCACCUGUCAAAAUAAAGAAGGAGAUUGAUGGAUUUAUUCUUAAUCGACUCCAGUAUGCCAUCAUCAGUGAAGCCUGGAGGCUUGUUGACGAAGGACUAGUAUCUCCCUCUGAUCUUGAUAUCGUGAUGUCAGAUGGUCUUGGAAUGCGAUAUGCUUUCAUUGGACCCUUGGAAACAAUGCAUCUCAAUGCAGAAGGCAUGUUGGAUUAUUGUAACCGAUAUAGUGAAGGCAUGAAGCGUGUCUUAAAAACAUUUGGGCCAAUUCCAGAUUUUUCUGGAGCAGGUUUAGAGAAAGUUCAUCAGGAAAUGUGUGCCCGCAUUCCUGUUGAUCCAGCACACCUGGCUGCCAGGAGGCAGUGGCGAGAUGAAUGCCUCAUGAAACUUGCCAAGUUGAAAAGCCAAAUGCAGGCUGAGUGAAGUUUCCCACAAUAACACUGUUGUCAUGGCUCUUGUGGCAAGCACUUUCUGGGUUGUAAUCAUAGAAAUGUCUAAUCCUGAUUGCUUUAAACCAAUGAAAACCCUCAGUUCCCUUUAACACCAGAGGAGUCUCCUCCCCAUUUAGCACCAGAAUUCACUAGUUGACCUGAUAAGCUGUGGCAAAAACCACAUGGGGCCAGCCCAGAAUGCACAUUUGGUGUUCUCAGAAACAUGGGUCUGGAUCGCUGUUGUGUUUCCAGGAGCACUGAACAAUCCAAGAAACAGGGCUGUUUGUCCUAGCACCAGAGGCAGAAAGGAGUCUGAUGAGGCAAUCACCGGCGUCUGCCUAAAACAAAAACAAUCAUUGAUGAGACUCAUAAUCCUUUUGCUUUUAUUAUGAUUAUGUAUAGUAGCUUUACAUAUGAUUCUGUUGUAGCUCCAUGAUACUUUGAUUUAUAUUGAAAUGUUUUUGUGUCAAAUCAUUUAUUCCUAAAUAUGCCAUAUAAUUAUUCUAAGCACUGUGUGUGACUAUCUAUGCAUUUACUUUAUGAGUUAUUCUUAAUAAACGUUACUGAUUUCCAUAAAGU